AAGUCAAAGAAUUUGUCUGAUAAAAAAGAUGGAAGAAGAGACCAGUCAACCAAGAAUCUUGUCUCGUCCGCAUCGCAAAAACGCGGUUUUGGGCCAUUAUUACGGUCAAACCAUCUCUUUCCUUCCCCGAACACAAGAAGCAGGACAACAAAGGAAGCUCACCAACUCCCAACUCCAAAUCCAACCCGCAACAGAUAACAAAUACCAACAAUAACAUUUCUUCUUCUGAAAAAGAGAAAACUAUGAACAGUCGCUGCUGUUUGUGAAUGAGAAAUUUAUCUUCUAUGGAAAAACCCACAGGAGGAGGAGGAGGAAGCUUUUGCUCAGGCCUGGAUGCUUUGACUACCACCCUUAGCAACUCAAUCCAAGCUCUGGGUCGUGGUUUUGAUGUCACAUCGGAUAUCAGACUAUUGUACUGCAAAGGAGCUCCUGGGUCGAGGCUGAUUCACAUUGAUGAAGAUCGUGGAGUAGAUCUUCCUUUAUACGAUGGCGCUGUUCUGUUACGUAAUGUGCCUGUUGAUAUUGAGUGCUCAACUGAGAUGAGGAGCAUCGAGAGGAUUCCAGUUUGCAGUUUCCAUGAGAUGGCAGAAUACUUCAAUGAGAAAUCUGGUAUAUCAGGAUGCAUUCCACUCGGAAACUUUAAUGCCAUGUUCAAUUUCACUGGUUCUUGUUUCAGUUUUAUUGAAAAUUAUGGUACACAUAUAGUUACAUCUGCAACAGUUGGUGGAAGAGAUGUGGUUUAUAUCAGGCAGCACCAAUCAUCUCUAUUGUCUUUGUCGGAUAUUGAGAACUACGUCCAUGAUAUCGUGGAGCAUAGGUUUGUGAACUCAGAAGACCAGUCCAGUGCUGGCCCCUUAAAGUACAAGGACAAGGAUGUUACAGUGAUUUUUAGAAGAAGAGGAGGUGACGAUCUUGAGCAGAGUCAUGCCAAGUGGGCAGAAACAGUCAAAUUGGCCCCUGACGUAAUUAACAUGACAUUCACCCCGAUUGUUUCUCUGCUUGAAGGAGUGCCUGGACUAAAGCAUUUGGCCCGCGCAAUUGAGUUAUAUUUGGAGUACAAGCCUCCAAUUGAAGAUUUACAAUAUUUUUUGGAUUUUCAACUUGCUAGAGUUUGGGCUCCAGAACAGAGUAACAUCCAAAGAAAGGAGCCUGUUUGUCCAUCCCUUCAAUUCAGCUUGAUGGGUCCCAAACUUUUUAUCUGUCCUGAUCAGGUUAACUGUGGCCGUAAACCAGUCACUGGACUUAGGCUUAGCUUGGAAGGCAGCAAGCAAAACAGACUUGCUAUCCAUUUGCAACUGGUAUCUCUUCCAAAAAUCCUUCAACCUCAUUACACACAUGUUGCCAUAGGUGCACCAAGAUGGAAAGGUCCAGAAGAGCAGGACAGCCGCUGGUUCGAACCUAUAAAAUGGAAGAACUUCUCUCAUGUAAGCACCACUCCAAUAGAACACACUGAGACCUGCAUUGGAGACCUUUCUGGAGUUCAUAUCGUCACGGGUGCUCAACUUAGUGUCUGGGAUUUUGGCUCCAAAAAUGUAUUACAUCUUAAACUCCUUUUCUCCAAAGUACCAGGUUGUACAAUAAGGCGGUCUGUCUGGGAUCACAGUCCCACAAAGCCUUCUUUCCAGCGUGCUGAUGGUGCAUCUUCGUCUGUUCCAAAUGAGAGAGUGUCUGAUGAUAAGAAGGAAGAUAGUUCAAGUCAAAUCAGAAAACUAGCGAAAAUUGUAGACAUGUCUGAAAUGUCCAAGGGACCGCAAGAUACUCCUGGCCACUGGUUGGUCACAGGGGCUAAGCUAGGCGUUGAUAAAGGAAAGAUUGUAUUACGCGUAAAGUACUCCUUACUAAAUUAUUGAUAGAUGUUUUCUUCUUUUUUCCCUUUCUGUUUAGUAGGAUUAUCCUCUUCCAUUUGUAAGCAUAGUCAAGCAUUCUUUGCACAGGUGAUCCCAGUUCUUUUGUACUUCUGUACAUUGUUCCCCUUUAGUUUCUUG